UUUAACUGCGAGUCUGAGGAAGGCUCUAGUGUGUUCCGUGUGGGGGUUGGGGAUUUAGCUCAGUGGUAGAGCGCUUGCCUAGGAAGCGCAAGGCCCAGGGUUCGGUCCCCAGCUCCGAAAAAAAGAACCAAAAAAAAAAAAAAAGAAAGAAAGUAUAGUGUGUGUUCCGUGUGUUGCGCUGAGUCUGGCUGCUGGGAGCUGUGAGGAGAGCGGGCGAGCUGGGAAUCCGCGCCAUGGCUGCAGUGACCUAUGAGGAUGUGCAUGUGAACUUCACCCAUGAAGAGUGGGCUUUGCUGGAUCCUUCUCAGAAGAGUCUCUACAAAGAUGUGAUGCUGGAAACGUGCAGGAACCUCACUGCUAUAGGCUACAAAUUGGAAGACAGCAAGAUUGAAGAACACUGUCAACGUUCUAGAGGACCUGGAAGAUACAAGCCUUGUGAGCAUUGGGGACAUGGCAGGGAGCAAUGUACCUUUGCACAUAAGAGUUUUCUUCAGACAUAUGAAAGAAUCCAUAUUGAAGAGAAGCCCUAUGAAUGCAGUCAAUGCAGUAAAGCCUUUGCAAACUUCCGUAGUCUUCAAAAACAUGAAAAAAACCAUACUAGAGUGAAACUCUAUGAAUGUAAUCACUGUGGUAAAGCCUUUCCAAGUCCCAGUUCUCUUCAAAUACAUGAAAGAAUUCAUACAGGAGAGAAACCCUAUGACUGUAAUGAAUGUGGUAAAGCAUUUACAAGUCGAAGUAAUCUUCAGGUACACAAAAGAACUCACACAGGAGAGAAACCCUAUAAUUGUAAUGAAUGUGGUAAAGCAUUUGCAUCUCUCAGUUAUCUUCAAAUACAUGAAAAAAUUCACACUGGAAGUAAACCUUAUGGAUGUGACCUCUGUGGUAGAGCCUUUACCCGGCGCAGUAGUCUUCAAAUGCAUGAAAGAAGUCACACUGGAGAGAAACCUUAUGAAUGUAAUCAUUGUGGUAAAGCCUUUGUUUGUAACAGUGAUCUUCACAGGCAUGAAAUACUUCAUACUGGAGAGAAACCCUACACAUGUAAUCAGUGUGGUAAAGCCUUUACACGUUGUAGAGGUCUUCGAAAUCAUGAAGAAUAUCAUAUUCUUGAGAAACCACAUAAAUGUACUCUAUGUGGCAAAGCCUUUGCAUAUCACAGUAAUCUUUAUAGACAUGAAAGAUAUCAUACUGGAGAGAAAUUGUACCAAUGUACUCAAUGUGGUAAAGUCUUUACAUGGCGCAGUAGUCUUCAAGUUCAUGAAAGAAGUCACAGUGGAGAGAAACCUUAUGGGUGUAAUCAAUGUGGAAAAGCAUUUCUUCUUCGCAGUAGUCUUCAAAUACACAAAAGAACUCACACUGGAGAGAAACCUUAUGAAUGUAAUCAGUGUGGUAAAGCUUUUGCACGUCGCUAUUCUCUUCAAAUACACAAAAGAAGUCAUACUGGAGAGAAACCCUAUGAGUGUAAUCAAUGUGGAAAAGCUUAUGCAAGUGGUAGUAGUCUUCGAAAUCAUGAAAAACGUCAUACUGUUAAGAAACCUUAUGAAUGUAAUCAGUGUGCUAAAGCCUUUUCAUGUCACAGUCGUCUUCAAAUACAUGAAAGAAAUCAUACUGGAAAGAAACUUUAUGAGUGUGGUCAAUGUGGAAAACCCUUUAAAAGUCAAAAUAGUCUUCAAAUACACAGGAGAACUCAUACUGGAGAGAAACCAUAUAAAUGUACUCAAUGUGGUAAAAACUUUCCAAGUAGCAGUAAUCUGUAUAGACAUGAAAGAAAUCAUACUAGAGAGAAACUGUAUGAAUAAUUACUUUGGUAAAGCAUUUCCAAAUUGGAGUAGUCUUCAUAGUCAUAAAUCUCAUUCUGAAGAGAACCCCUAUUUGAAUAUAAUUGAUUCAGUAAAAGCUUUGGCACAUUAGUGUAAACUUCAGAUACAUUAAAGAUCUUAUACUGGAGAGAAACCUGAUGAAUAUAAUCCGUGAUAUUGCUUCUAUAUGUUUUCUUUAAGGUUAUGAAAGAAUUCCUACUGGAAAGAAACACCCUGAAUCUAAUAAGUGCAGUAAAGCCUUACACAUCAAGCACAUUUUCCCACUGAACCAUCUCAUUGUUGUUUAUGUAAGAUUAGUGGAACCAUUUCAUCUUUUUUUUUUUUUUUUCUUUUCUUUUUUUCAGAGCUGGGGACCGAACCCAGGGCCUUUCGCUUGCGAGGCAAGCGCUCUACCACUGAGCUAAAUCCCCAACCCCUCCAUUUCAUCUUUAAAAUAGUGUCUUGUUUUCAAAAUGUCCGCAAAUUGUCAUCCAAGGAUAGAGGAUCACAGAAUAAUUCGAAUAAAAGAGUAAAGAGGUAUUAGACACCUGUGAAUUGUUGUCUGACUGGAACAUGCACACCAGAGCACAGUUUUAUACACGCAAGUAAAAUUUAUUAAAGAUGAAAUUAAAGCAAAGAAAUAACCAAAAUAUUCAGAACAUGGGCUGGGGAAAUGGCUCAGUGGUUAAGAGCACUGACUGCUCUUCCAGAGGUCCUGAGUUCAAAUCCCAGCAAACACAUGGUGGCUCACAACCAUCUGUAAUUAGAUCUGAUGCCCUCU